AUGAAAAAACUAAGAAUAUCUCAUAUAGUUAGUUGUGCAGGACAAGUUAAAUUUCCACAAAAUUAUUCAAUUCUUAAAGCACAUAAUUUAGAAGAUGAACCAGAACAAGAUAUUCUUACAUUCAUAGAGGAAUCAUUUCAAUUCAUUGAGAAAGCACGUUCUGAAAAUGGCAUAGUUUUCGUACAUUGUUUGGCUGGCAAGAGUAGGAGUCCUACCAUUAUCAUUGCCUACUUGAUGAGGAUGCAACAGGUACCACUGAAACAGAUCUAUCAUUUGGUGUACGAAGCUAGAGAUCUCAUACAACCAAACGAUGGAUUCAUGAUGCAAUUACUUCAACUAGAAACUAAACUUCUCGGUUCAACAUCGUUUGAAGUAAACGAAUGGAAAAAUAUCAAACCAAGACAUAAUAAGAAGACAAGACUAACAUUUGUUCAACACAUAAAGAAACAAGAAAAGAAUGAACAAUCUUCAUCUUCAGAUAGUAACAAUGAUGAUAAUAAUAAUAAUAAUGAGAAUAAUCAAAAUAGUGAAGAGGAAAUGAAGAGAUUGAAUGAAGAGAUUCAAGCUAUAGCAUUGUCAACGAAAUUCAAUCAUACCGCUCAUCUAAAGAAUGAAAUUAUCGAUAAGAUCAAUGAGUAUUUGGAACAGAUAUUGACUGUGGAAGUGUUAUUAAAGGCGAUUGGCAAUGUAGAUAAUCUAUACUCGACACUCUCAAAUUCGGUGUUUACUCAUAAACGUGUUGGACCUCUGAUGGGUCAAAUAAAGAAACAUGUCGGUAAAGAACUAUUCACACAAACAUCUGGUGGUGAAUAUCUUCGAUCAAAAGACGAUAGAAUCGAAUGGAAAGACAUUGCAAACCUAAUGGAAUCAAGAAUCAUUUUAUUAUUAGAAAAAGAGGUAUUUCAAAAGAAACUUUUACUUAGAAGUAAUAAUAACAAUAAAAAAAAACAUAUAAAAAUUAUUUGCAAAAUGGAAAACGAUUAUGAAACAGAAUCAAAUAUCAGUAGUGAAUCAUGGUAUAAUUUGGUUGGAGAGGAAAUAUUGUCAGAUUUAGACAAUUUUUAUGAAUUGGAUUCUGAUUCUUUCGAUUGUUGGGAAUCAGAUAUGGAAGAUGAAAAAGAAAUUUUGGUUGGUGAAACUAUUUCGUUCGAAAAGGAAUUGGAGAAUGAAUCUGAAUAUAGAAGAAAACCAAAAAUUAGAAAAUAUUCAAUCGAUUAUGUUCAUCAACCUUCAAUAUUAUCGAAAUCAAUGAUUUUUUCGCUACACUAUAACAUCGAACAGAUUUCAAAAGAAGUUGCAUCAAAUUGUAUUUUUGCAUCGAAAAGAACAUCAAAGAAAGUUAAAAAGAUUAGUUAUGUCGUAAGAGAUCAAUGCCGUAAAGCAUCAAGAGAAACAGUUGAGCUAAUGCAUAAAUCAAGAGUUCAAAAGAAUCUAUUACUUGUCCAAUGA